AUGCACAAAAAUUGGUUAGAGCGAGAUAAAGUGCCAUGUGAGCCAAGCUUGACUUUUCAUUACUUGACGACUUUUCUUUACUACCUCUCCAGGUCUGCUUUUUUGGGAUCAGUUUGUUACAGAGCAGGUGUACCUUAUUGGAACAUUUUGUCAGGCGGUGUGGAGGAUGGAGAAAGCCCAGUCCCAUGGAAAGAUGUCUUUCAGUUUCCUGGCCCGUCAGCGCCGUUGUUACUUGAAGCUGGCACUCAGCAGGGUGAAGGACUUCCAAAAGAUUCAGCAAAGCCACCUGAUGAUACAGAUUUCUUGGAAGGUGCUUUUAUCAAGAGAAAUUCAGAUAAACAAAAAGCUACAAGAAAUAGGAAGAACAGCAAGAAAAAAGGCAAGGGCAAGGGUAGAAAGCAGUCACAUGCUUCAGAAAUAAAGAGUGAGCCAUCACCCACCAAACCUUCUUCCUCAUGCGCUGAUGCGGCCGGUGGUGAAGCCCUGGUGUCCUCGUCUAGCCAUGUUGCCGUUGGCAUACCACUGUUGGAGUUCAACACAUCCUCCAGCUCUCUGGUGACAGAACUACUUAUUUCUCCUGCUGUCAACAGUACAUCUAAUUCUACUAAUGAGAAGGAACUAUCUUCUAGCAGCAAUGACGACUUCAAGAGUUUUGACAGCAUUACUUCAUAUUCCACUGCUGCUAGUUCAUCUGUCAAUGACUAUUAUACUGGUGGUAACGCAUGGAACAACACCAUGUUGGGUGAUUAUGCUGGUAGCUUGUCGGAUGCGAGAAGUGAGCGGUCAUUGUCUGCAUCAGAAUGCAUAGCUUCACGAGGUUUUAUUAAUAAGACGCGUGGUGAAGGAAGCAAACCAAAUGAUCAUCGUCAAAGCCUCAGUUUAGCAAUCGGUCCUAGUGGUAGCCAAGAAGGCUCGCCUAGCAGAGAUUAUGCUAGUAAUGGUGAUGAUUUUCAGAAAGUAAUCUCCAGGAAAAGAAGCACAGAAAAUCAAAAGAUGCAACGUUUGGAAAAUCCGACCAUGACUGCUUCAAGACCUAUUAUAACGCGUGCACUUGUGCCAACAGCUCCACGCCCUGAGGUUAUUACAGUAGGACAUUACAUACAAGAUGAUUGCAUCAAUGGCAGAAAACCAAACCACAAAAUAAAGGGAAAAAACCAGAAGGGGCCUAGUUUGAGCAACGCGUCAAAAACUCGUUACACUGAUGGAGAGAAUGUUCCUGGUAGCAGCAGAAUGCUUCUUAUAACAGUUGCUGGCAGGCAGGGGGCACUGAGUUCAACUUCUCGUCAUCAUGUCACCCGCCUAGAGGAUAUCGAGGAAACUAGUUCUCCAGGAUGUCUUCCCAUGGAAGGAGAGCUGAAAGCUCCUGUUGGCGGUGACACCGAACGCACAGAUUCUACAGCACCAUCUUCUGAUAAAACUUCGUCACUAGGUAAUCUGGCUAAUUCUUCAUGUGUUGAUAGGGAAGAACAGGAAAAAAGUAUGGCUCCAGUUGCAGUUGGUGGUGACACCGAAGGCACAGAUUCUACAGCAACAUCUUCUGAUAAUACCUCGUCACAGCUGGGUCAUCUGGCUAAUUCUUCAUGUGUUGAUAGGGAAGAACAGAAAAAAGAUAUGGCUCCAGUUGGUGGUGACACCAAAGACACAGAUUAUACAGCACCGUCGUCUUCUGAUAAUCAUCUGGCUAAUUCUUCAUGUGUUGAUAGGGAACAACAGAAGAAAGCUAUGGCUCCAGUCGGUGGUGACAGUGACACCAAAGACACAGAUUCCAUAGCACCAUCUUCUGAUAAAACUUUGUCGUCGCUGGGUCAUCUGUCUAAUUCUUCAUGUGUUAAAAGGGAAGAACAGAAGAAACAAGAGAAUGAACAAGCAUUUUGUACUCAUGCAUCAUCUGAGUUGGAUAAGAUUAUUAAGGCCGUUAAUGAUGCAUAUAAAAUUCAAGCUGCAUCUGAUGCGUACAUGAUCUAUGGCAUCCAUGCUGAUAUUGAAACCUUUUUACAUUCGUCCACCCCAGUCAUUGCACAGAUAUCUUGCACAACAAAUAGCAUCAGGUUGCAAGACCAGUGUUUGUGGAGCGUGUGGAGAUGGAUCAAACAGCUUCUGAAUGGUGUGAACCUGUCUGGUACUCCAAUAUUUGGUGACCCUAAGCAACUCAAAAGUGUUAAGCUAUGUGAUCUUCAUCCAGCUUCCUGGUACUGUGUUUCCUGGUAUCCUAUUUGUCAGAUACCUUCAGCUUCAAGGAGCCGCCAAGCUGCAUUCCUUACAUACCACUCCCUAGGCAAAUUGGUUCCACAAACUUGCCCUACAUAUAUGGCUGAUGGGCUGCAUCGUAUAAUUUGUCCGGUUGUCGGAGUGCUUGGUUACAGAGACCAGGUAGAGAAGUGGUAUCAACUGGGAGAACAAUCAAGGUCCAAGCCAACACCAAACGGUUCCUGGAAAACCCACCAUGCUGAACUCCUGAAUAAGAAAAUGAGGGCACUGAGGCACUGCGCGUCCAUCGUGUCGAAGGCAGUGGUGCCCAGGGCAUCUGGAGAAACCAUGAACUAUCAUCCAGAUUACGAGUUCUUCCGGUCACGGUCCCAGAAGUAA